CGCCCGCGAUAUCCCGGAAGCAGUUCGCUCUGGGCGUUCUUUCUUCCGCCAUCUUGGAACUGAACUCCUCACACAAAAUGCCUGGUGAAGCCACAGAAACCGUCCCUGUUGCGGAGCAAGAACUCCACCAGCCUCAAGCUGAGACGGUACCUUCUCCCUCAUCCACUGGCGAGGCUGCUGUGCCCCCAGAACUGGCUGUAGUAGCGGAGGAGAAAAAGCCCGUCUCUCAGAACCCCGAGGUGACUGGUGAGGCUUCUCGGACGGCACAAGCUGAAGCCGCUCCAAAGCCGUCAGUCGCAGAUGGCGUCUCCCCUCCCUCUGGGACUCCUACACCCACCAAAACUCCAGUGCUGGCUCCUGUACGGCCCCCUGCUGAUACUAAGGCUCCAGCACGAAAGAAAAAAUCUAAGUCUGGUGCCUCUAAAGCUCCUGUUGCUGAAUCUAAAGCACCAGCCCCAAAAUUACAGACCCCUCCUGCUGUGGUCCCUGCAGACUCCACUGUGAAAACCAAAGCCCCAGCUCCUAAAUUAGAGACUCCCCCUACCGCACUCCCUGCUGACACCAUUGCUGAAUCGAAAGCACCAGUAGAGACCCCUCCUACUGUGGUCCCUGCGGAGUCCAUUGCUGUAUCGAAAGCCCCAGCUCCAGAAAACACGUCUGCCUCAGAAAGACCUGCAGUGUCUAUUGUGGAUGUCAAAACCCCAGCUACAAAAUCAGAGCUGCCUGCCCCUGUGGCUCCUGUAGAGCCCUCUGCUGAUACUAAGGCUCCAGUUCCAAAAUCAGAGCUGCCCGCCCCUGUGGCUCCUGUAGAGCCCCCUGCUGACACUAAGGCUCCAGCUCCAGAAAACAAAUCUGCCUCUGUACGUCCUGCAGAGCCUGCUGCGGAUGCCGAAGCUCCAGCUACAAAAACAGAGCUGCCCGCCCCUGUGGCUCCUGUAGAGCCCCCUGCUGACCCUAAGGCUCCAGUUCCAAAAACAGAGCUGCCCGCCCCUGUGGCUCCUGUAGAGCCCCCUGCUGAUACUAAGGCUCCAGUUCCCAAAUCAGAGCUGCCCGCCCCUGUGGCUCCAGUAGAGCCCCCUGCUGAUACUAAGGCUCCAGUCAUGAAUCUUUCCUGUUUAGUUCCAAAAACAGAGCUGCCCGCCCCUGUGGCUCCAGUAGAGCCCCCUGCUGAUACUAAGGCUCCAGUUCCAAAAACAGAGCUGCCCGCCCCUGUGGCUCCUGUAGAGCCCCCUGCUGAUACUAAGGCUCCAGUUCCAAAAACAGAGCUGCCCGCCCCUGUGGCUCCUGCAGAGCCCCCUGCUGUUACUAAGACUCCAGUUCCAAAAACGGAGCUGCCCGCCCCUGUGGCUCCAGUAGAGCCCCCUGCGGCUCCAGUAGAGCCCCCUGCUGACACUAAGGCUCCAGUUCCAAAAACAGAGCUGCCCGCCCCUGUGGCUCCAGUAGAGCCCCCUGCUGAUACUAAGGCUCCAGCUCCAGAAAAAAAAUCUGCUUCUGAAAGUCCUGCUGUGGAUGCCAAAACCCCAGCUUCAAAGAAUCAGACUGUCACCCCUCCAGUGCCUGUGGCUGGUGACCAAGAAUCAGUGGCUCCAGCAAAGCCCCCUGCUGAUACUAAGGCUCCAGUUCCAAAAACAGAGCUGCCCACCCCAGCGGCUCCUGUAGAGCCCCCUGCUGAUACUAAGGCUCCAGCUUCAAAGACUCAGCCUCCUCAGACUGCCCCCCCUUCUGUGGCCGGUGACAAAGAAUCAGUUCCAAAAACAGAGCUGCCCGCCCCUGUGGCUCCAGUCGAGCCCCCUGCUGAUACUAAGGCCCCAGUUCCAAAAACAGAGCUGCCCGCCCCUGUGGCUCCUGUAGAGCCCCCUGCUGAUACUAAGGCUCCAGUUCCAAAAACAGAGCUGCCCGCCCCUGUGGCUCCAGUAGAGCCCCCUGCUGAGACUAAGGCUCCAGUUCCAAAAACAGAGCUGCCCACCCCAGCGGCUCCUGUAGAGCCCCCUGCUGAUACUAAGGCUCCAGUUCCAAAAACAGAGCUGCCCGCCCCUGUGGCUCCUGUAGAGCCCCCUGCUGACACUAAGGCUCCAGAAAACAAGACUGCUUCUGGAAGUCCUGCAGUGCCUGUUGUGAAUGCCAAAACCUCAGCAAAUAAAGUUGAGAAAGUUUCUCUGGUUUCUGCUCCAGAGCUAGAUAUUCCAAGUCCUGCAAAAGAGCUAACUCCUCCUCCUGCUUUGCCUUCCGUGGCAUCUGUGCCUUCUAUACCUAUUGCUUCUGUUUCUCUGCCUCUCGUCUCCAAAACUUCUGCCAUACCCACUGCACCUGCCCCUGUUGCUGUUGAAGAGGAAGAAAUGCCACCUCUGAUCCCUCCAGAGGUUCCUGAUAAGGAAGCAGUGUUUCUUCAACCGGUCACAGUGGACCUUGUUCCCCCGAAACCACCUGUAGCCGCUCCAGUGAAGGAGCCCAUUCUGAAGAACGACAAGGGGUCAGGGACAGAUUCCGACAGUGAUGAUUCUCCUCCAGAGCUGGAACAGGACACACAGACAUCUACACAGCAGGCCCAGUUGGCAGCAGCGGCAGAAAUAGACGAGGAACCUGUCAGCAAAGCAAAACAGAGCAGGAGCGAAAAGAAAGCACGAAAGGCUAUGUCAAAGUUGGGGCUUCGCCAGGUCACCGGAGUUACAAGAGUCACAAUCCGAAAAUCUAAGAACAUUUUGUUUGUUAUAACCAAGCCAGACGUAUACAAGAGCCCAGCAUCCGACACCUACAUAGUCUUUGGAGAAGCAAAGAUUGAAGAUCUCUCACAACAAGCCCAGCUGGCGGCUGCCGAAAAAUUCAAGGUACAGGGAGAAGGAGUCUCAAACAUACAGGAAAACACACAAACUCCCACAGUACAGGAGGAGAGCGAAGAGGAAGAGGUUGAUGAGACUGGCGUAGAAGUGAAGGACAUUGAACUUGUAAUGUCACAAGCAAACGUGUCCAGGGCGAAGGCUGUACGUGCUCUAAAGAACAACAGCAACGACAUUGUAAAUGCCAUCAUGGAGUUGACGAUGUGAGCGUCGCUCAGACUGAACACAUUUGGUCUUGCUCGUGGGUCGGUGCAGCUGAAAUUGAGAUUUAUACUAUUUCUAUUGAUUUAAUAAAGUUGUGGCUUAUUGUUGGUGACUUA